AUGCAUCUUAUAAGUUCAUUUAUUAUUGCUAUUGAGAUAGCUGAAGAAUUUUGGCAAGAGAAGGGUCCUUACACUCCGGAAUCACGGAGUGAAACAUAUGAGUUUCUUCGCUUACAGAAAGAACAAGAAUCUAAGAAAACUACCUCUUAUGAGAAGACGAAGCCGAGGCGAAAAGUUUUCUUUGCUGAAGAUGGUCGGCCUUACAACAUAAAUGAGCCGAAAGUCGAAUUUAAAUUUUACGAAGAAAUCAAGGGGAACGAGCAAUACUUUGUGCUAGAUGUCGCUGCUUACAGGAACAUGGAUACCACUCUAAUUGACUGCGAUGUACAGACGAAUUAUGUUCGUGUAACACUGAGAAAUAAGGUGUUCCAAAUGGCUCUGCCUGAAGAGGUUCAUCCAGACAAAUCUUCAGUCCAGCGUUCUCGUGUGACCGGUCGACUGCUCGUUCGGAUGCCCAAAGUCAGGGCUUCUUCAAUGAUUGAACCUCGGAUUGUACAGGCAAAUCACACCGCCGGUUGUAUAGAGAAAACAGAAAGCAAAGAAAAGGGCAAGGAACGAAAGUCCAAUUUUCUGACGGUGGGAGAAACAAAAGCGUCAGUGGACUGGCGAAACAUCACGAACACUGGGGACAGCCACUUGCGCGACUUGGAGAUGGCGAAGCGGGCACCGGUCAACCGCCGUAAGGAGAGGAAGAACAGUCCCAGUUUUGUUGACAAUCCUGACGUCCCGCCUCUUGAAUAA